AUGUCCUCGCGCGAAGGACCAAAUCCUCUCCGUCCCUACUAUUUCCCCCCCUCACUCGGUCUCGAUGCCGACGCCUCGUUUUCUUCGCCCCCCGAUGCUGCGUCUUCUGCCCAAGUCUUUGGCAGCUCAGCACGCGACUUACUCCCCGAUCUAGACUAUUCCGAAUAUCUCGAGAGCUCCCCAUCAGUGUCUGGCUGGGUCCGCGAUGCUUUGGACCGUGCUCUGUGGCGAUACACCUCUGUUCUGACUGCUCAGCCGUUCGACGUCGCGAAGACGAUUCUGCAGACAUAUGUGGUGCCCGAUGAGUCCUCCGAAGGUCAAUGGGCAACGGGUGACAGGCGGAGGACGAGGACAGGCAGUCGAACGGAUUCCUAUGAUGAUAUGGACGAAGAUGAGGAUGAGGAUGACUUUUCGUCUGACGAUGAGAGCAGUUAUUUCACCUCUGCAGCCCCCCGCAUGUCCUCGCCGUCUGCUCGACGAACCCGAAACUCCCGCCAUCGUAUCACUGAUCGCAGCGGGUAUAUCGCGUCCUCCUCAUCCAAGACCUCCUCCCGACAUGCCUUGGUCCUGAAGAACCCCUCCUCCCUGAUGGAGGUGCUUUCCCAGCUGUGGUCCACCAGUGGGCCGACAUCGCCAUGGAAGGCAACCAACGCAACCUUUAUCUAUUCUCUACUUCUUCCAACCCUGAAUACCUUCAUUCGCAGUCUUCUGUCGGCCAUUGUUGGACUUCCCGAGGACGACAUUACACCGUCCAUGGCGGCCGAUAUACUGACCUCGACGUCUCCGCUCACAACCCUGCUCCUGUCCUUCAUUUCCUCCUCUCUAUCCGCCAUGCUUCUGUCGCCCAUUGACACCGCUCGCACGUUUCUCAUUCUAACCCCCGUCACGCACGGCCCCCGUUCGCUCCUCCGGGCAAUCCGCCAGCUCCCAACCCCAAACUACUCCAUUCCCCCGCACCUCAUCCCAAUUACCAUUCUCCACUCAAGUCUACCCAGCUUGAUCACGUCCAGUACCCCUCUAUUCCUCAAAUCGUAUCUCUCUCUCGACCCUGUGCUGCACCCGUCCACUUGGAAUCUUUUCACCUUCAUGAGUUCCGGCAUCGAGCUAGCGGUCCGGUUCCCGCUCGAGACUGUCCUCCGCCGCGCCCAGAUCGCUACAUUCACCUCUCCCAGCAUUCGACAGAAAUCUACCAGUCCCCUUCGUUCCGCAGCGACCUCCCAAGAUGGAGCCCGAGAAAUCGAAACCAUCGUGCCCACCCCCCAAACCUACCGCGGCGUCAUCGGGACAAUGUGGACCAUCGUGUAUGAAGAGGGCGUCCAGCCUCCUCCAGAGGCUGAGCGAGCUCAAGAACUCCUCGGGAAACCCGUUACCUAUCGCAAACGCCAGGGACAGGGAAUUUACGGUCUCUAUCGGGGCUGGAGAAUCGGUAUGUGGGGAAUCGCUGGUAUCUGGGGUGCCAGUCUGCUCGGCAAUGUCGCCGUAAAUGUGGAAAACGGCCCAAUGCCUAGUGGAGGCCGGUUCUAA